AUGAGCUCGCCUUGGAUGUCAGUCAAGAGCACCAUAUCCCGGCUGCUGGCUGGGUUAAGCCUCCGAAUGGAUGUUUCUUCAACGGUGGCUACCUGGCUCUCUCUCGCCGUUACGGUGGUAGGGCUGGGCUCCAUUGUCACCCAGUUCGGGACAAUCAUCGAUCAGACUGACCCCUUCCACACCCUGCGAGAUGUACAGCACCUGGGUCGCUGGCGGUUCUGGCAGCCACACGUUCCUUGGUAUAGAGUCGUGAAGCCCCCUCUUGUCGGGCCUGUAAUCAACGCCAAUCUGCCAUGCGGGCUCUGUGGCAGAAAGACCGUCCAUGUCAGUCGACGGCCACUUGCGCAGCCAACUGGUAAGGCUGCAUGGUCCAUCCUGCUCAACGUCAUUCAUCCACCUUCUACCACCCCCGAGGAGCCCUCCCAGACCGGGUCGUUAGUCUCUACCAAAAGCCCCUUCAAGACUGAGCACGUCGUGACCAUCUCCGGAGAACCGCCCGUCCAGCUGCCAACCUGGGAUAGCCUUCCUCGAGGCCCUCUCACCAAGCACAAGCUAACCGCUUGCACGGUCAUCUCUCGCGCAACCCUCAUGGCUCUAUUCACCGUGACCAAUGCUCGACCAGUGUUUCGGCACAGCGGCGCAUCUGGCCAUCGAGCUGCCUACGCCUCCUACUGCGGACAGUGGUACGUCGAAUGGCCCAUUGGCGACGCCGCACACGUCCACUUCGCGGCCCACGAUUCGCACACGCUGAACAAAGACGUCUACCCUCCAACCUUUGAAGUACGUGUCGACCGCUGUCUGCGCAUGCUAGCCGGGGUCAUCGAAAGCCCUGCGUCCUCUCCACCAUUCAAAUGCGCCUUCCCCGGCCGCAAAGCAUCGGGCAGAUGGAUUCUCGAACACAUCGUGCGAGGCUUUGGCGGCGCCCACGGCAGCAGACACCUCUACAACAUGAUUGGAGGCAACGUUAAUGAAGUCGAUCUUCUAUUGAUGAAGCCCAUCACCGAGGACAAUAAUGACUACGACAUAUCAUCAGAACUCGAAUCCACUUCCAUUACUCUCUCCCUUCCCAGCACUGAAUCCAACCCCCGCCACCAAACCACCACCACCCACUCCGUAACCCUCCACAUCCCACCCCACGAAACCACCAUCCUCAACACCUGCCUCGACUACCUCCCCUGGACCUCCCUCUCCUGGUCCAUCCACCGCGGCCUCCGCGACAUCCUCCUCGCCUUCGCCAAACCACGCAUGAACCACUACCGCGCUCGACUCGCUCAUACCCUCCGCACCACCGUCUCCACACACGCAGACCGGCUCAUUGCCCGCGGCUGGGACGCCCAGUUCGUCCGCAAUGGCAGCAUGGCCGACCUAGCCGCGGGUGCCGUGUUAGCCGGGAGCGGCAAUUCCGGGGAUGCGGUGCGCAUCGUCACGGAUAUAGCGGCGGUAUGGUGUGAGGGGCGAGGAAAUGGUGAUGGGUUGGCUGUCAUAUCGUUGGAUGAGACGAUGUUUUGGAGGGUUCCCCACCAGCCGGUGGAAGAAGUAAAUAGAGAAGGUGGUGAUAGUGGAGAGUUAAGUUCCAUGGCUGUUGUGGCGCUAGUCAAGUUCUUUGUUUUGGAAUGGAGUGUGGACUUGGAUUAUCAGAUGUAUCAUGAUUUACCGUUGGAGCUGUAUUUGGGCUAG